GUCAACAAACAUGGCCGAUGCUGCAGGGAGCUCUGAACACGAGGGAUCCUGUGCCCACGUCCCAGCGUUCUCUGCCCGACAUCCCAUGAUCCCCAAACUCUAUGUGAUGCCAUGGAAACAGGACAUGAAGAACCAGAGGCUCCUGAUGAAGAAUGCAGCUCUAGCUGAGAUCCCUGUGGUUCCUCUUGAGGAGUCUUUGUGUUUUUGUGGUCGGGAGCGUCUCUGCCACAGUCAGGACUCCACCCACCGCUCCACCUUUUCCUCCUCCUCUGCUCUUCUCAGCCAGACAGGACUGACAGCUCAUCCCUCCUCCCACUUCUCCAGAUACAACAGCUCUGUGGUGACGACCAGGCAGCUCUACCAAACCUGAAGACAGAUCGCACACUAAUGAACCCGUCUGCGAGGGGGUUUCAUCACAGCUGUGCAUUUAAGAUUGCUUAUGCAGUUGCGGAUAUAGGAAAUUAAAAUGGUCCCUUAGUGCAGUUUGCAUAUGAUGAAUAAAUCCCAUUUUAGAUGUUUUUUUAAAGAAGAACCAAGAUGCUACACAAAAUAAUAAAAUGGCUAAAUUAAAAUAAAGAAGUAAAAAUGAGGCAGAAAGAAACUACAGAGAAGAUAUGUAAAAUAUCAAGGCCAUGGAAUAAAAAAAAAAUACAUUAUGUACGUCUAGUACAAAAAAGAUUGGAGACAUAGAAACUGACAUAUGUUAUAUAAAUGCCAUAUAUGCAGAUACCAAAGGGAUAUGUAAUGACACGAAAAGUAAAAAGACAAUUUAUU